AUGCAUCUACAAGUAGUACCAGAUGAGGUAACGUGUCGUGCAUUCCCUGCUACCCUCAAAGGAAGUGCUCGGGCAUGGUUUAACAAACUCCCCCCAGGAAGCAUACGUAGUUUCAAAGAGCUUAGCACUAGCUUUGUAAGCUACUUUAUUGCUGGCCAACGCUACGGCAAACCAGCGACGCACCUCUUGACAGUAAAGCAGGGGAGAUGGGAGUCGUUAAGGGAAUAUACUACCAGGUUUAACAAAGAGGUGGUUCAGAUAGAGGAAGCCGACGACAGCGUAAGCAUAACUGCGUAUAUAGCUGGACUGUAUUCAGGACAGUUUCUAUACCUUCUAUCUCAAGAACCACCCAAGACCCUGGCAGAACUUAUGCUUAGGGCACAGAAGCACAUGAAUGCAGAGGAAGCCGUCUACGCAAGGCGUUCCCGUAAUAGUUUUGAUCUUUAUGCAGGGCCAUCACAGGUUGGCGAAUUUCCCCCAUCCAAUAGGAAAAGAAGAGAAUCCACCCGCAAGACGGGAAGGCAACCAAAAAACAAGAAGAUGGACUCCAGAUCCUCCCCAAAACGAGGAGGAGGACCGCCCCAAGGCAAAUACAAGCAGUUUACACCACUCAUAGCCACGGCAGAACAAAUCCUCAGCAUCUUACAAAAUGAUCCGGACCUCAAAUGUCCCGAAAAGCUAAAGACUGAUCCUAAUAGGAGAGCUAAAGACAAAUACUGCAGGUUCCACAGAGACCAUGGUCACAACACGGAUGACUGCAUUAACUUAAAGCAGCAGAUCAAGGAACUGAUCCAAAGAGGCAGACUUCAAUGUUUCGCAACGAAGAAGUAUCUGAAGAUAUCCAUGAGGAAUGAUACAAGCAAGGAAGGAAAAGAUGCCACGGCUCCCCGAUCAGGCCCUAUUGGAGAGAUCAAAGUCAUCCAUGGAGGACUUGCCGGAGGUGGAGAGUCUAGCAAUGCCAGGAAAGCUCACCUCAGGAAACUGAGCAUGGAGGAAUAUUUGGAGGUCAACACAGUUGGCCGUCCAAGUAAAUUCCAAAAGAAAAAGGAAAUACCCAUCAUUUUCUCAGAAGAAGACAUUAAGGGAACUCAAGUUCCUCAUGAUGACCCCCUGGUUAUAACCAUUGUCAUGGCCAACUACUUCAUGAGAAUAGUAUUAAUAGACAGUGGAAGCUCGGCUGAUAUUCUCUACCUCCAUGCAUAUGAUCAACUAAAAGUUAGACGAGAAAGACUAAGGCCUUUGAUAUCACCGCUGGUUGGAUUUGCAGGUACGCCGUCUAUCCAGCUGGUCAAAUAG